CCCCGCCCGCCCGGGCUGGGGAGCGCUACGAAUUGACCAAGUGAAGCUACAACUUUGCGGCAUAAAUUGCGGGGUCGGAACCAUGUCGCUGACCAACACAAAGACGGGGUUUUCAGUCAAGGACAUCUUGGACCUUCCGGACACCAACGAUGAGGAAGGCUCUGUGGCCGAAGGGCCGGAGGAGGAAAGCGAAGGGCCGGAGCCCGCCAAGAGGGCCGGGCCGCUGGGGCAGGGCGCCCUGGACGCGGUGCAGAGCCUGCCCCUUAAGAGCCCUUUCUACGACAGCAACGACAACCCCUACACUCGCUGGCUGGCCAGCACCGAGGGCCUCCAGUACUCCCUGCACGGGCUAGCGGCCAGCGCUCCCCCCCAAGACUCCAGCUCCAAGUCCCCAGAGCCCUCGGCUGACGAGUCACCGGACAAUGACAAGGAGACCACGGGCGGCGGGGGGGACGCAGGCAAGAAGCGAAAGCGCCGAGUUCUCUUCUCCAAAGCGCAGACCUAUGAGCUGGAGCGGCGCUUCCGGCAACAGCGGUACCUGUCGGCUCCGGAGCGCGAGCACCUGGCCAGCCUCAUCCGCCUCACUCCUACGCAGGUCAAGAUCUGGUUCCAGAACCAUCGCUACAAGAUGAAGCGCGCCCGGGCCGAGAAAGGUAUGGAGGUGACACCCCUGCCCUCGCCGCGCCGUGUGGCAGUGCCGGUGUUGGUCAGGGACGGCAAACCGUGCCACGCGCUCAAAGCCCAGGACCUGGCAGCCGCCACCUUCCAGGCAGGCAUCCCCUUUUCCGCCUACAGCGCGCAGUCGCUGCAGCACAUGCAGUACAACGCCCAAUACAGCUCGGCCAGCACCCCCCAGUACCCGACAGCACACCCCCUGGUCCAGGCCCAGCAGUGGACUUGGUGAGCGCCGCCCCUCCAAGACUCGAGGCCGUAGGCCCUGGCCCCACCCCAGCGGCGGCGGUGGCGAGGAGGACUCGAUCCUUACCACAGUUAUUAUUAUUAUUAUUAUAAUUAUUAUUGUAGAGUCGAGCCGAUGCUCGACUCAGUUG